ACCAUGGUACCCACAACCACCCCCAGGAAACCAAAGGCAGGCUCCCCCAGCUAAGCAUCACGGCCCAUAGGAGAAAGGGGUGAGCCCCAGGUGUCAUGAGAGCUUUCAAGAUUCAGGCUCAGAAAGUGCCCAGCCUCCAGCUCUGCCGUAAUUUGGAGUCCAGUGCAACGACCCUUCCUCCACCCCACACGCAACCUCUGUGACCGUCCUCCCGCAUCACCCCUCGUGGGGAACAGGACUUCAGAACUCUCUUUCGUCUUCCAGGUGCUCAUCUCUUUCCUUCCGUGUCAUCUCCACUAUCAUUCAUGAAAAUGUUGAAUCCGCAGCGCAGGAUUCGGCUGGAGCGCCGGAUCGUUGGUGGAACCAACCGGUGGCGUUUUCCCCAGGAGCACUUCUGUGGAGACCUGCUGGCACUCUCCCAGAUGUGCAAUGUUUUGAACAUAGACCUUGACGACGCUCUGAAGAACCCAGACAGAUUACUCAUUUCAAAAUUCCAAAAGCUUCUCUCUGAGAAUAUUGCAAACAGUGGCACCCAAAGCGGGGAAGCAGACGUGAUUCUAGAAUGCCUCGGCUUCAAGUGGGAACUCCAUCACCCUCAGAUUUUUCAGUCUGAGACCUUGGCCAAGCUUUAUUUGACAGCCCUGAUGCAGAACAUAAAAACCCCCUCAAGGGAGCUGAACAGGAUUCUGAAAGCUCAGGCACCUAAGAAGAUCAAAGAAAAGUCCCCUGUGAAGAAGAUCAUCAUUACCUUGAAGGUCAAUGACCCGGCAGUCACCAGAGUCGCCUUCGCCCUGGCCCUGAAGAACCUCUACAUGGACGAGGUAGAGAUGAAUGUGGACAAUGUGCUGGGCGUGCUGGCCUCUGCUCACAUCCUCCAGUUCAACCGCCUGUUUCAAAAGUGUGUCAACAUGAUGUUGUCCAGACUCACACCGUGCACCGUCAAGAACUUCUAUCUGGCUGGCUGCAAGUACAUGGAAGAGCAGCUCAUUGUCUCCUGCGAGAAGUGGCUGGCAAUGAACUUGGUACCUCUAGUCGGGACACAGAUCCACCUCCGGCACAUCCCUCAGCAUCUGCUUCACAAGGUGCUGAAGUCCCCCAGCUUGUUCACCUUUAGUGAGUUCCAUCUCCUGAAAACCUUACUCAUGUGGGUUUACCUGCAGCUGAACGGCAAGGUCCAGAUGAUUCCAAUCCACGAGACCAUGCUGGCAUUUUUUAGCAGCUUUCCCAAGAAGUGCUGCUUUCUGGAACAGGACACCGGGCAGAGCUGGACGCCGCUCUUCCUUUGUCUGCGUCUGCAUGGCAUCACCAGUGGCAAGGAUCUGGAGGAGUUAAGGCACAUUAAUUUCUUCCCUGAGUCCUGGCUGGUCCGGGUUACAGCCAACCAUUAUCACGCACUGGAGAACGGGGGCAACAUGAUCCACCUGAAAGAUCUUUCUACACAAGCCCUGAGGUUUGGGCUGCUCUUUAGGCAGGAAUAUACCACUUACUCGGAAAGGAUUUCUAUAUAUGGAUACUUCUUUGAGAUAAAGGGAAUCAGACAUGAUGCGACCUCUUACAGUUUUUCUAUGCAGAGAAUCAGACAUACCGACUUGGAGUGCCCCUCCCCCAUCUGCGAGCACAGCGCCAUCAGCCUGAGGACCGAGCGCCUGGUGAAGUAUGAGAUCAGAGCCCAGACGAUGGUGGGUGGCAGAUGGCAGGAGUUCAGGACAAACCAGAUCACGCAGAAGUUUGGGUUCGUCAAGCCAGGCUGCAAAAGCCACACCUUGAAGAUCCAAACCGUGGGCAUCCCAAUCUAUGCCAGCUUUGCAUUCGUUUUCCCAGCAUCUUGACAGUUUUCAGAGGAAUCUGUGGGAUCCCCUGCCCUGACCAACCUGCCUACAUAAGAGGAAAUAAAAGGACAUUAAUGAGGGGA